CUUCAUCACUCUCCAGGGCCCCGUGGAGCUCUGGCCUCUCCUCAGGUGUGGAAUGAGUACGGCCAGUCAGGGUCAGCUCCCUCCUCCACCAGACAUGUCGUGCUACAGCCCUUGCCUGCCAGCUGCCUCCGGCCCAGCCCCGCUUGCAAACAGCUGCAACGAGCCGUGUGUCCUCCGGUGUGCUGACUCCAGCGUUGCGAUCCAGCCCUCGCCAGUCCUGGUGACGCUGCCGGGCCCAAUCCUCAGCUCCUUCCCUCAGAGCACAGCCGUGGGAUCCACAGCAUCGGCUGCCGUGGGGAGCUCGCUCAGCGCUAGCAGCGUGCCCAUCAGUGCCGGGGGCUCCCUGGGCCUGGGGGGCUUUGGGUGGUCAGGGCUGGGCCGUGGGCUCUGCGGACCUCUAGGACGGGGCAAUCUCUUCUGCUAAAGCCUGUCGAUCACCUGCCUGUGGACGAGCGCCACAAGCUUCCAAGGGAGCCAGCCCUGAGAGCACGGCCGUGGUCGGCAGAGGAGCCAAGCUUCCACCUCUGUGCCUGGAGGCGGGUGCCUGUGCCAGCCUCCUACUUCUCCUCAUCAGCCUGCCCUCUUUCCCACCUUUACUCCCCUUUGCCUUGAAGGGCAAUUGGAAAAGAAGCACCCCAGGCGUGGGGGUGUGCCUUCAGAUGGGAGCACUUCUCUGAGCUUUCUGCAUCAUGGCGAAUGCAUUUCUUGGUCUUGCGGUGGUCUUCUUCUUUGCCUUUUUGCCAUUAAAAGACUGUGUAGAUUAGAGUUGGUGAACUGUCCACUUGCCUUGUCGUCCCUCCCGGCUGAGCUUCCCGGACAGACGAGGUGGUGUAAGGGGCACGGGGAGCAUCCAUGCCCAAAGCCUGCUCCGAGCAUUAGGGCAGUUCUCUGAGCUUUGCCAAACAUCCAAAG